CGACCAGCUCUGCCAUGUUGAAAAACCAGCAGUGUUGCCAGCAGCGAGCGUAGUCGAUGAGUGGUUCGGUUGUUUACGCAUUUCCCUCGGCUGCCAUCACUGCCCGCGCCGGCCGACCAUGGAGGCCUUUUCCAUCGAAGAAUCGCAAAUUUCUGAAUGCAAAUUUCUCUGUGGCAGGCGUCGGCAAAACAUGCCUGACUCAUCUCAUCGCCAACCAUGAACCGCUUACAUCGCCCGGAUGGACGGUCGGAGCCUCGGUCGAGGUGAAGCUUCACGAGUACAAGGAAGGCACGACCUCGCAGAACACGUUCUUCAUUGAGCUGUGGGAUGUGGGCGGCUCGAUUAGCCACAAAAACACACGCGGCGUGUUCUUCAAUCCCACACACGGUAUUAUCCUCGUGCACGACCUGACGAACCGGAAGAGCCACGAAAACCUGCAACGAUGGCUCGUCGAGAUCCUGAACAAAGACGGCAAGGACGUGCUAAAGGGAAAUGAGCUGCUGGACAUCGAUCCGGAACAGUUCCUUGGAUCGACGCAGUUUCGAAAUUGUCAGAUUCCGAUACUGGUCAUCGGCACCAAGCUGGACAUGCUGGACGACGCACACAAGCAGAAAAUCCUGAACCGGACCUCGGUCGGUAGCAUAGCGGAACAGUGCGGUGCGGACGAAAUAUGCCUCAAUUGCCACGAAGCCCGAUCUCUUGCGUCCGGAACGACAGAUUCGGUGAAACUAGCCCGGUUUUUUGACAAGGUCAUCGAACGGAAGUACUACAAUCGCGAAACGGGGCGAAAGUAUGCGACCAACUACGGCGGUUCUUCGAUGGCUACAGGACCGUUCGGAAAUCUCCCGGUGUCCGGAUCGUCUUUAGCGCCUUCCUUGGGUACCUUCAGCUAUCUCACCUCCAACUCAGUGACGGAAAGUUUAUCUUAAUCCGUUUCCUUCUCCGCUAAGUAAACACCAUUCCACACAGAUAUCAAUGGUAUGCGUUCCAUUUUA